AUGGCGGUGCCCCCUGGACCGGCCCCGGCCGCAGAGGCGCCUCCACCCCAGCCGGAAGCGCACACCGUGGAGCCCAGCUCGGUGAGCGCAAAGCGAGGGCGAGAGGACAGCAGAGCCGAUCGCCUCUCAUUCUGUACAAAGUUGUGCUAUGGCAUUGGUGGGGUCCCCAACCAGGUGGCCUCCAGCGCCACAGCCUUUUACCUGCAACUCUUCCUGCUUGAUGUGGCACAGAUCCCUGCUGCUCAGGUGUCACUUGUCCUGGUUGGAGGGAAGGUGUCUGGGGCAGCUGCUGACCCCGUGGCUGGAUUCUUCAUCAACAGAAGCAGGAGGACAGGGUCUGGACGGCUCAUGCCCUGGGUGCUGGGCUGCAUGCCCUUCAUCGCCUUGGCCUACUUCUUCCUCUGGUUCCUGCCCCCGUUCAGCAGCCUGCGGGGCCUCUGGUACACCGCCUUCUACUGCCUGUUCCAGGCCCUGGCCACGUUCCUCCAGGUGCCCUACACGGCGCUCACCAUGCUCCUGACCCCCAGUGCAAGGGAGCGCGACUCGGCCACAGCCUACCGGAUGACCAUGGAGAUGGUGGGGACGCUGAUGGGAGCCACGGUCCACGGGCUCAUUGUGUCCGGCACCCACCGGCCCCACAGAUGCGAGGAGGCCGCGCUCCCCCGGCUGGAAGCCGUCUCCCCUGACGUGAUUCGUCUCUACUCCAUUGCAGCUGCCGUGGUUGCUGUGACUUAUCCUGUGUGCAGUACUUUGCUCUGCCUAGGGGUGAAGGAGCGGCCAGACCCCUCUGACCCAGACUCAGGCCAAGGCUUGAGCUUCCUGGCUGGGCUGGGCCUCACUGCCCGGCACCCGCCCUACUUGAAGCUGGUGGUCUCCUUCCUGUUCAUCUCAGCGGCUGUUCAGGUGAAGCAGAGCUACCUGGUCCUGUUCUGUACGCACGCCUCCCGACUACAUGACCACGUCCAGGGCCUGGUGCUGACCAUCCUGGUCUCAGCUGUGCUAAGCACCCCACUGUGGGAGUGCAUUCUCCAGAGAUUUGGGAAGAGGACGUCAGCCUUUGGGAUCUGUGUGAUGGUGCCUUUUGCGAUCUUGCUGGCUGCUGUGCCCACGGCCCCCGUGGCUUAUGUUGUGGCCUUUGUUUCUGGUGUGAGCACUGCUGUGUCCUUGCUGCUGCCCUGGUCCAUGCUGCCAGACUUGGUGGAUGACUUCCAGCGGCAGCACCAGCUCGGCCCAGGCCUGGAGACCAUCUUCUACUCAUCCUACGUCUUCUUCACCAAGCUUGCAGGCGCAGGCGCCCUGGGCAUCUCCACCCUCAGUCUGGAGUUUGCAGGGUACAAGGCUGGAGCCUGCCAACAGGUAGAGGAGGUGGUGGUUACCCUCAAGGUGCUCAUUGGUGCCGUGCCCACCUGCAUGAUCCUUACUGGUCUGUGUAUCCUCAUGGUUGGCCCAAAGGUGCCAAGCCAGGACACCUCCUGCCAGCUGAGCCUUCGGAGGAGGACCAGCUACAGCCUCGCUUAA